AUGGCAGAGCAGCCCUGCCCGCUGCCUGCUUCCUGUCCCCCCCAAGGGGGCACAGCCCCUCGCCCGGCUCCCACGGGCGGCCCCACACUCCUGGCACCCCGAAGCCACGCCAGGGACAAGUGGAGCAAGAAACUGGACUUCCUGCUGUCGGUGGUUGGAUUUGCUGUGGAUCUGGGCAACGUCUGGCGGUUCCCCUACGUCUGCUACCAAAACGGAGGGGGAGCCUUUCUCAUUCCCUACACGCUGAUGGCCGUUUUUGGAGGGGUUCCCCUCUUCUACAUGGAGCUGGCACUGGGGCAGUUCCACAGGACGGGUGCCAUCCCCAUCUGGAGGCGCGUCUGCCCCAUCUUUAAAGGCACUGGCUUUGCCAUUUGCAUCAUUGGCUUGUACGUCUCCUUCUACUACAACACCAUCAUCGCCUGGGCUCUCUACUACUUCUACUCCUCCUUCUCGGGCACCCUGCCCUGGGCCAGCUGUGACAACCCCUGGAACACCCCCAACUGCACCAAUUACUUUGGGAAGAGUAAUGUGACCUGGACCAACUUCUCCAGGUCCCCUGCAGAGGAGUUCUACACGAGGAAGGUCUUGGAGAUCCAGAAGUCAGGGGGGCUCUACGAUGUGGGGGGGAUCCGCUGGCAGCUCCUCCUCUGUCUCUUCCUUAUCUUCACCAUUGUCUACUUCAGCCUGUGGAAAGGGGUGAAAACAUCAGGAAAGGUGGUGUGGGUGACAGCCACGUUGCCCUAUGUUGUCCUCUUCAUCCUGCUGGUCCGAGGGGCCACCCUACCCGGCGCCUGGAGGGGGGUCCUCUUCUACCUGCGCCCAGACUGGGGCAAGCUCCUGAGCACCGCGGUUUGGGUCGAUGCUGCCGCACAGAUCUUCUUCUCCUUGGGCCCUGGAUUCGGUGUCCUCCUCGCUCUGGCCAGCUACAAUCACUUCCACAACAACUGCUACCGGGACGCUCUGGUCACCAGCGCUGUGAACUGCCUGACCAGCUUCCUCUCGGGCUUCGUCAUCUUCACCGUGCUGGGCUACAUGGCCGAGAUGAGGGACGUGGAGGUGGAGGAUGUCGCCAGAGAUAAAGGGCCAAGCCUCCUGUUCAUCACCUACCCCGAAGCGAUCGCCAACAUGGUGGGAUCCACCUUCUUCGCCAUCAUCUUCUUCCUGAUGAUGAUCACCCUGGGGCUGGACAGCACGUUUGGGGGUCUGGAGGCAGUGAUCACAGCUGUGAUGGAUGAGUACCCCCAGGUCCUGGCUGGGCGAAGGGAGCUCUUCGUCCUUGGCCUCAUCACAGUCUGCUUCCUGGGCUCCCUGAGCACCCUCACCUACGGGGGAGCUUACGUGGUGAAGCUGCUGGAGGAGUUUGGGGCUGGCUGCUCAAUCCUGGCAGUGGUGCUACUGGAGACAAUAGCUGUCUCCUGGUUUUAUGGGAUACAGAGGUUCUCCCAUGAUGUGAAAGCCAUGCUGGGCUUCACCCCAGGGAUGUUCUGGAAGGUGUGCUGGGUGGCCAUCAGCCCUGCCUUGCUAGCGUUCAUAGUCAUCAGCUCCCUCCUGGACCAGCCACCUCUGACCCUCUUUGACUACCAGUACCCUGAGUGGAGCAUCUCAGUGGGGUACCUCAUAGGAGCAUCCUCUUUCAUCUGCAUCCCCUUCUACAUGGUGUACAAGCUCGUCUGGACACCAGGCUCCCUCAAGCAGCGCCUUGCUGUCUGCAUCCGGCCGGAGAAAACCGCACAAGAGCCCCAGGCGGAGGUGGUGUCCCUGUCACCUGUCCCAUAG